AUGUCUGAUCUGGUUAAUGACCCUAGUGUUCAAUGGCAAUAUAGAAAUCUUGCCAUUUUGAAUGUGACCAUGGGUUUUGUGUUUCCAUGGCUCGUGUGUGGACUUGGAUGGGGAGACUACCGUGGUGGCUACUUUUAUGCUGCUGUAUUACGUUUAUUGAUUGUUCAUCAUGUAACAUUUUGUGUCAAUUCACUAGCACACUAUUUAGGUGAUACAACUUUCGACGACAAGCACACUCCUCGAGAUCAUUUUAUUACAGCUUUUAUUACACUCGGCGAAGGUUAUCAUAAUUUUCAUCAUGAGUUUCCGUGUGACUAUCGUAAUGCACUCAAGUGGUUUCAGUACGAUCCUACAAAAUGGACAAUCUGGCUUUUCGAAAAACUCGGUCUAGCUUACAACCUGAAGAGAUUUCCCGAUAAUGAAAUUCGCAAGGGGGAAUAUGCCAUGAAGCGCAAAGCUUUGGACAAAUUUGGUAAAAUUAUAAUUUGGCCUAAAGACGAAGAGGAAUUGCCCGUAAUUUCAUUCGAAGAAUAUCAGGACUUAGCCAGCAAAGAUACCGGUCGUGUACUCAUCCUAAUCGCUGGUUUCGUUCAUGAUGUCAGCAAUUUUAUUGACUCUCAUCCGGGCGGACGUGAUUUGCUCAAGGAUCAUGUGGGCAAAGAUGCUACGGUGCCAUUUCAUGGUGGUCAAAAUGUGAAUGUUCUUAUUCAUGAAUCAAAAUUGGAAACAGGUUUAGAAGUUUAUGCUUCACAAAUGCGUCAUUGUACCAUGGCUCAAGCCAUUGAUGUUGGUUAUCGAAUCAAUGCUAAAUAUACAAUUCUAUGGCAUUUUUCACGACGUUAUGCAAAAGUUCUAUUUCUGUCAGAAACAAAAAAUGAUGAUGAACGUCAAUAA